AUGUCCACCGCCGUCAUCUCCGCCGACGACGCCCUCGAGCCCUCGCUCCAGUCGCUCCUCGACCAGCGCAGCCUCCGCUGGAUCUUCGUCGGCGGCAAGGGCGGCGUCGGCAAGACCACCACCUCGUGCUCCCUCGCCAUCCAGCUCGCCCGCGUCCGCCGCUCCGUCCUCCUCAUCUCCACCGACCCUGCCCACAACCUCUCCGAUGCAUUCUCCCAGAAGUUCGGCAAGGAGGCCCGCCUCAUCAACGGCUUCGACAACCUCAGCGCCAUGGAGAUCGACCCCAACGGUAGCAUGCAGGACCUCCUGGCUGGCCAGGCCGAGGCGGACGAUGUCAAUGCUAUGGGUGGUGGGCUUGGUGGAAUGGUCCAGGACCUCGCCUUUGCGAUCCCCGGUAUUGACGAGGCCAUGUCAUUCGCCGAAGUCCUCAAGCAGGUCAAGUCCCUCUCCUACGAGACCAUCAUCUUCGACACCGCCCCCACCGGCCACACCCUCCGCUUCCUCCAGUUCCCCUCGGUCCUCGAAAAGGCCCUCGCCAAGAUCACCCAGCUGUCCUCGCAAUACGGACCCCUCCUCAACGGCUUCCUCGGUAGCAACGGAGCCCUGCCCAACGGCCAGAACCUCAGCGAGAUGACGGAGAAGCUCGAGUCCCUGCGCGAGACCAUCGCCGAGGUCAACACACAGUUCCAAGACGCCGACCUCACUACUUUUGUCUGCGUCUGUAUCGCCGAGUUCCUCAGUCUCUACGAGACGGAGCGAAUGAUCCAGGAGCUCGCCGGCUACGGCAUCGAUACCCACUCCAUUGUCGUCAACCAACUCCUCUUCCCCAAGAACGAGAGCAACUGUGAACAGUGUGGCGCUCGCCGCAAGAUGCAGCGCAAGUACCUCGACCAAUACGAGGAGCUGUACGCCGAGGACUUCAACGUCGUCAAGAUGCCCCUGCUGGUCGAGGAGGUCCGUGGCAAGGAGAAGCUCGAGAAGUUUAGCGAGAUGCUCGUCACACCCUAUGUUCCCCCGGAGUAA